AUGGCCGCACAGAGUGGCAUCGCACCGACCCAGGACCUCCUCGACACCUGGACCACGGCCCUCCAGGACCCGGCCACCCGCCUCGUCAAGAUUGCCAUCCAGGACGAGCAGCUCGUGCCCGCCGGCACCUUCACCACCACCUCGUCGGACCUGGACGACUCGGACGCCGUCGAGCGCGACUUUGCCCUGUUCGAGCGCCCCGACAUCGUCGAGGACAAGGUCCCCGCCUACUUCGUCUACCGCCUCACCCCUCCCCCGUCCUCGACCUUCCUCUUCACGUCCUACGUCCCCGACCACGCGCCCGUGCGCGCAAAGAUGCUCUACGCCUCGACCCGCAACACGCUCGUGCGCGCGCUCGGCGACGCCAGGCUGGUCGAGAGCGUGUUUGCGACCGCAAAGGCCGACCUCACCCACGCCGCCUACCUCUCUCACGUCGCGCACCGCGCCGCCGACGCGCCGCUCACCUCUCGCGAGCAGGAGAUGCGCGACGUGCGACGGGCCGAGGCAGAGGCGUCGGCGGACGGAGCUGGGGCCGGGUCGGAGGGGAGGAGCGCGCUGUUUGGGGUGGGGGAGGGCGAAGGGGAGGGGAAGGGGGAGGGUGGGGAGGAGGGACAAGGGGAUGAGAAGCUGAGGGGAGUGCUGCCGUGGAGUGACGAGGCGAAGGAGGCGGUGAGGGCGCUCGGUGACGGCGGACAAGGGGCCGAGGAGGACGCCCUCGUGCAGCUCGAAAUCGACCCCGCAAACGAGACCGUCAUCCUCUCGCCCUCGCAGCCCACCUCGCUCUCGUCCCUCCCCACCUCCUCCCCGGCCUACCUCCUCGCGCGCCACCCGGCCCUCGCGUCGUCGUCGCCCGGCGCACUCGUCCUCGUCUACUCGUGCCCGGCAGCUUCGCCCGUCCGCCACAGGCUCCUGUACUCGUCGGCCGUCGUGCCGCUGUACCGCGUCGCCGCAGAGAGGUUUGCGGGCGUCAAGGUGGCGAGGAAGCUCGAAACCGACUCGCCCUCCGAGAUCACCCGCGCCUGGCUCGACGCCGAGCUCGGCGCCGCGUCGUCGUCCACCGACACCCCCUCGGCGAGCGGCGCCGCGACGCCCACGCAGGGCCCGCAGCAGGUGCAGGAGGACGACAAGCCCAAGUUUGCGAGGCCGGCGAGGCCGGGACGGAGGCGCUGA